AUGGGAGCUGGCUACAAGGUUCGUGAAAAUGGAGAUGUGACAGAGAACUAUUGGGAACGCAUAGGAGAGAGACAACAGCUGGAAGAAGAUAGAAGGGAGAGAAAGUCAUACAGGAUAGUGAGAGCGAUAAUGUGUAAAAGAGCUGUUAGAGUUAGAUCUCAGCUGAGAUCUCACCAGAGGUUUGCAGAUGCGUUUCUUACAUACUGCAACAUAGUUGACAGUUCAAGGGUUUACUGCACCAAUGCUCUUGAAAAUUCUCCAAAGGCUAUACCUUGUUUUGCUUACUGCUUUAAUCUGAAAUGUCUGAAGUAUCGAAAGUGA